AAACAUGGCAUCGCGCAAUUCAUCAACUUGUAUCAUCGUUUAAAAGCACGUCAUGGAGAUCAGCUGAAGUGGGGUGACGAAAUCGAAUAUACAAUUGUGAAAUUCGAUCAUGAAAAUAAGAAGGUGCGCGUGUCAUGUCGUGCUGAGGAAUUGCUGAGCCGACUUCAAGCCCAAGAGGAGGUCAAUGCUCUUCUCGGUACUGUAAACCACUUUUUAUGGCGUCCGGAAUUCGCUGCUUACAUGAUAGAAGGAACUCCUGGCGUCCCAUAUGGAGGACUCUUGGCGUGCUUCAAUGUCGUGGAAGCAAAUAUGAUUGUGCGCCGUACUGAGGUUCAGAAGUUGCUUAAAAAGGGAGAAUCAGUAUUGUCCAUCUCAUUUCCCGCUUUGGGCACACCUGACUUCACAUCUCCUCCCAUGCAACCCACUCCUCGUGAAGAGGGACCUGGUCGAAGCAUUUUCUGGCCUGAGGAUGCGGUAUUUUGUGGCCAUCCAAGGUUCAAAAACUUAGUGAAGAAUAUCCGUGGACGUCGUGGAGAAAAAGUAGCAAUCAACGUCCCUAUCUUCAAGGACAAAAAUACGCCAAAUCCGUACAUUGAAGAUUUGUCCGCAUUAGGAGAAGGAGAAAUGAUUCAAGCAGCGAAACCGGAUCAUAUCUACAUGGAUCACAUGGGGUUCGGUAUGGGUUGUUGCUGUCUGCAGGUAACUUUUCAAGCCGUCAAUGUUGAUGAGGCGCGAUGGCUUUACGAUCAGCUUACGCCGAUUACUCCAAUAUUGCUUGCCUUGUCCGCAGCAACACCUAUUUUUAGAAGCAAAUUGGCUGACGUUGACUCUCGGUGGGAUAUUAUAAGCGCCAGCGUAGAUGAUCGAACAGCCGAAGAACGUGGGCUAGUUCCAUUGAAGCAUUCGAAAUGGAAUAUAGCAAAGAGCCGUUACGAUACAACCGACUGCUACAUAUAUCCAUGUUCAGUACCUUAUAACGACAUUCCACUACAGUAUGAUGAAGCGAUAUACCAGCAGUUACGAGACGGCGACAUCGACGAGCCAUUAGCAAAGCAUAUUGCACAUAUGUUUAUACGCGAUCCGCUGCAGGUGUUUCGUGAGAGAAUCGAGCAGGACGAUGAGAAGUCGACUGAGCACUUCGAAACCAUACAGUCUUCUAACUGGAUGAACAUGCGUUUCAAACCACCACCACCGGAUGCUCCUGAAAUCGGGUGGCGUGUUGAGUUCAGACCCACAGAGGUGCAGCUGACGGAUUUUGAAAAUGCAGCUUAUUGUUGCUUCGUUGUGCUGCUAACGAGAGUUAUAAUAUCGUUCCGUCUCACAUAUUUGCUGCCUAUUUCUAUGGUUACUGAGAACAUGAAACGAGCUCAGAAAAGGGACGCCGUAACCAAGCAGAAGUUUCUGUUUAGAAAAAGUUUGGCAACGUGCAAAUCAUCUCCGGAGAAUCUGAACGGACCUCCGCAAUGUGGUGAACCGAGUGAAGAGAUUGAGGAACUGACCAUUAAUGAGAUUAUCAACGGAAAAGAGGGUGACGAUGUAUUUCCUGGGCUCGUUCCACUUAUUAAGCAAUAUCUAGACAGUGCAGAUGUUGAUGUGGACACUCGCUGUACAGUUUCUCAAUAUCUGAACUUCAUUUCGAAGCGUGCUUCCGGUGAAAUUUGGACGUUAGCGCACUGGAUACGUCACUUUGUAGAUACACAUCCUGCGUACAAACACGAUUCGCAAGUUCCUGAUGAAACAACUUACGAUCUUCUUGUACAGAUGGACGAGAUAUCAAGCGGAAAGAAGCACUGCAAAAAGUUGCUCGGGUGUUAUCGAUCAAAAACCGAUCAUCUCAUUCCAAGCGCAGUACGAAGAGCUGAAGAAAGCUGGGUGAUGAGCAAGCAGAAACGUGGCGAGUGA